AGGGCAAGACGGUAGCCGGGAGGACACCGGGAGGCGGACGGUGGCCGACGAGGUCGGGCAUGGAGCAUCUGGAGUGCUGCGCGAGGUUCCUCCGGGGGACGCUGGUGCGAGCGGCGGUGCGGCGCUACCUGCCCUGGGCGCUGGCGGCCUCCAUGCUGGCGGGCUCCCUCCUCAAGGAGCUCUCCCCGCUGCCCGAGAGCUACCUCAGCAACAAGCGCAACGUCCUCAACGUGUAUUUUGUCAAACUGGCCUGGGCCUGGACCUUCUGUCUCCUCCUGCCUUUCAUUGCCCUCACCAACUACCACCUGACAGGCAAGGCCGGCCUGGUCCUGCGGCGGCUGAGCACCCUGCUUGUGGGCACGGCCAUCUGGUAUGUCUGCACAACUCUCUUCUCCAACAUCGAACACUACACGGGCAGCUGCUACCAGUCGCCGGCCCUGGAGGGGGUCAGAAAGGAGCACCAGAGUAAGAAGCAGUGCCACGGGGAAGGAGGCUUUUGGCAUGGCUUUGACAUCUCGGGCCACUCCUUCCUGCUGACCUUCUGCGCCCUCAUGAUUGUGGAGGAGAUGGCUGUGCUGCAUGAGGUGAAGACGGACCGAAGCCACUGCCUCCACACCGCCAUCACCACCCUGGUGGUGGCCCUGGGCUUCCUCACCUUCAUCUGGGUGUGGAUGUUUCUGUGCACGGCCGUUUACUUCCACGACUUGUCCCAGAAACUGUUUGGCACCCUGUUCGGUUUGCUGGGCUGGUACGGGACCUAUGGGUUUUGGUAUCUGAAACCCUUUUCCCCAGGACUUCCUCCCCAGAGCUCUAGUUUGAAUUUGAAGCAAGACAGUUACAAGGAAUAAAAGAGAAACAAAAGGGGUGAUAGAUAGCAGGACAAUGGCUAAUGUAUUUUUCAUGAUUUUUCUUGGCUACUUGACUAAAGCAUCAGUCCUCCUUCAGCGAGGGAGCUCACCAGGCGGUUUUGGUGAGUGGUGGUGGAGUCUGGGGAGGGACUUGAAUCCCCACACUUCUUGGCCAUGUCAUCUUGUGUCACAAACACCACCCUUCCCAGUCGGGCACUUUUUGUCCCUGGCAAGACUUGACCUUAAUCUGGAAUGUUCCUUUUGUCCCUAGAGGGCAGAGCUAAGGCUCAGAGAGACGACAGAAUCAGGAAGGCCUCCACUGUGUGGCUGGAGGGGAGGCCAGGGCCUCAGCACCCUUCUCUGCCACUGUCAUUCUCUCCCUGAUUCUAGUCAUCUUGUAUUUUAAUGGCUGACUUAACGCUGUUAUUUAAUAAUAUUUCCCUCUGGUCAGCUUUGCGUAAGCAUUUAUUUCCAGCAGGGUUCUUUAUAAAACAACCACCUGCCCGAAGAUACUCUCUGGUGGUGGUAUUUGUUUAUCCUCAGAAUGUUCUAUAUCACAACUGGCUUGUGAUUACCUACCAAAACAGUUCAACUGGAGUGCCUCUGUGGCUGAGUAUUGGAUGAUUUUUGUGUAACGAACAUUGCCAGUUUUCUGUCUGUGUUGCCCAGUUUUACUGGCUUUUGGAGCAAUAAGGUUACCUUUUUUCCCUACUAUUUUGAGCAAAUGCUUUAUUGUUUUCAGUAACAACUAUGGCGUUUGUUCUGUGUUGACAAAACUCCUGACGAUAACCCACAACCUCGAUGCUGCACUUUGGCACGUGUGUGGAUAGCUUUGAGGGUUUUCUUAGAACACUAAUUUACUUUUUAUAAACUAGACUCCUGGAUUAUGGUAUUAAACUCCCCCUCGCUUCAUGGGGCUGUUUUCUCUAUUAAGAAUAAAACCUGAAAGCAGACAUUUUAAUACUAACUUGGUGAAAUUUAAGCUGAGUCAGAGUAACUUUGCAAAAUGCAUACUUGCACUGAAACUUUCCUGACCACGCAUCAGUGGUGUAAGCUGAACGGUGUCCUUCAGACUCAGCUGAUAAGUACAUUGACCAGUCUGCUGUGGCCCAAGGAAUUUUAACAUUUUGGACAAGAUUAUGAUAAAUUGGAGGUGAAGGAAAACGUCUUCCAUUGUCUCUGAUGGCAGGAAGCCUACUGUUUGCAAAAAUGUCCCUGUUAAAUGUCGGCACGACUUUGGCCCUACCCUCCACCAGACCCAAACUGGGCCUGCUCAGCUGGCCUUGAAAUCGGUCUUUCCUUUCCCCUUUGCACACUUCUCAGUGUCCAGCCUGUCCUUCUGUGGCCUGUCACCUUCACCCGCAAAGGUACGUUUACAGCUCUGUGAUAAGACACUCCCCCCGCCACCCGUCAUCUCCACAGGUUGCAGGCUGUCUAUUUACUGUCUCCUUAGGCCUUUUGUACCCAGCCCUUUGCAUUUUGGAUAAUCAUCCUGGAAGCUUCCUUGAUGCUCCUUCUCUCCCUCAAAGCUAAGCCUGACAAACACUACACUUAACUGCCUUAACUCAAGCUUACAUGUUAGGAGCUUGAGGCCUGAAAAACCUUCAGGGUAAAUUGUAUUUCUUAUAAAGUUGUAUUUAAAAUAUAUAUUUGGUAUCCCA